AUGACAGACAUCGACAACUACCGGUACCGCGUACCGCGGCCAAACUACAUACCUCACCAUGUCGACGCCGAGCCCACCGUUGUUGAAGAGUACGAGCCGCUCGGAAGCGCCAGCGAGCUGGACAAUGCGGCGUACCUCGCGAAAGUGAAGAAGGCGGCGCAGCAGUACGGCAUCGUGCGCCCAAAGGGCUACAACGUCACGUUCCACACGAACCCAGAGAUGGAGAAGCACCACUUUGGCCAAACGCACCCAAUGAAGCCGUGGCGGUUGACGCUGUCCAAGAGUCUGAUCAUGUCCUACGGCAUGCCUUUUGCGAUGGACAACUACAUUGCGCGCGCGGCCACCUUUGAAGAGCUAAACAGCUUUCACUCCGACGACUACCUGGACUACCUGGGUACGGUGCUGCCCGAACCGGUGCCGCGCGAUCUCGAUAGCACGAAUCCGCCGGACCUCAAGUUCAACCUUGGCGGCUCGGACUGUCCGCUGUUUGAGGGUCUCUACGAUUACUGCUCCAUGUCUGCAGGUGGCUCGCUGGACGCAGCGCGUAAAGUGUGCAAUCGCGAGGCCGACAUCGCCAUCAGCUGGGGUGGUGGCCUCCACCACGCCAAGAAGGCCGAGGCGUCUGGGUUCUGCUACAUCAACGAUAUUGUGCUGGCGAUCCUGCAGCUGUUGCGCUGCUAUCCGCGCGUUCUGUACAUUGACAUUGAUGUGCACCACGGCGACGGCGUGGAAGAGGCCUUUUUCUCAACAGACCGCGUCAUGACGUGCUCUUUCCACAAGUACGACCCCAUCAACUUCUUCCCGGGCACCGGUGCCCUCGACGACAACGGACCCAAAAACGAGUUCAAUGCCGGCGCGCACCACGCGAUCAAUGUGCCGCUCAACGACGGCAUCACGGACGAGCAAUACGCCUGGCUGUUUGACAGCGUGAUUAGCAAGAUCGUUGAGACGUUCCGGCCAAGCGCGAUUGCCCUGCAGUGCGGCGCCGACUCCCUCGCCGGCGACCGGCUGGGCCGCUUCAACCUGCAGGUACAGGGCCACGGGCAGUGCGUGGCGUUUUGCAAGAAGCUGGGCCUGCCCAUGAUUCUGUUUGGCGGCGGCGGCUACACGCCGCGCAACGUGGCGCGCGCGUGGUCGUGGGAGACGGCCAUUGCGCUGCAGUGCGAGGACAAGAUUGAUCCGGUGAUUCCGACGCACACGCCCUGGCGCGACCACUUCCGGCAAGAAGAGCUGCUGCCCACGCUCGAGCAGAUUGUCGGCGAGCCGCGGCAGAACAAGAACCCCCAGAAACGCAUCCAGGAGAUCGUUCAGCACGUUCAUGAGCAGCUGCGGUUUGUGCAGCAUGCGCCUAGUGUACAAAUGCGUGAGAUCCCGCCAGACUUGGGCGGCAUCCGCCAAGAGGUGGAUGAGAUGCUGCGCGAGGAGGCCGAGUCCAAGGACGAGACCCUACGCAAGACCAAGGAAGAGGGUCUUGGUGUUGCCAUGGAGCAUUAA